AUGUACAAGGAUAAGGAAGAAAAAGAGUUAGUAAGAUGUUGUCUUUGCGAAUCUUUACAAAAAAACAAGUUGAAAUACUUUUUCUACUUUUUCUACUUUUUCUACUUUUUACUUUUAUCAUUCAACACUUUGCAUCGUCGUCGUUGUCGUCGUCAGCAAAGAUAA